AUGAGCGCACACUCCAUCCUAACCACCGCGAUUAGGAGUGCUGUGUCUUCCCUGCGGGCGAUUGCCAAUACACUUGAGGCUGCUCUGAACGGUGCCGAGGCCGUAAGCUCUGCUUCUGCUGGCCCCCGGGCCCCGGAGUCUGUUCCUUCUUGGGACUUGGACUUGGAAUCUGCUCAUUGGACUUCUUUUGUCGGUGCCCAGUCGUCUGGCUUGUCGGCGUCCCGGAUUUCCAGCCACGACGAAGUUGCUCAGCUCAUCACUUCUGCUCUUCCUGCUUGCCGCCAGAUCUGUAUCACGAUGAUGGAGUCCGGCGCACAAGUGCUGUCUCUAGUAGGUGUGAAGACGUUGGAUCAAGGUCCGGUCCCUCUGUACGUGCUGCUGCUGCCAGAAGUUUCAGACCAUGCUUCAGGAGUUGCCCUUCCGGAAGUUCAGGUGUUGGCCAUUCCAGUGCUUGCCGGACGGGACGGUCUGCUUCUGGCGAUCCCUGCGGACUCUUUCCCUCCAGAGGUGAUCUACCCACAAGAGUCCCCUCCUCCUCGAGCUUUGAUAGGCCCUGCAAAGAAGAUUUUUGUUCAUGCCGCUUCAGACGACGAUGCUGGUUUGGAAAGGCUUCUGGAUUAUCAGAUCCAAUGUUUGUUGGUGGACUUCGACACAGCUGUCUUGCCCAGCGAUCUGGAGGUGUAUCCUUCAUCCCCGGAACUGCUAUCAGCAGCCUACGCUUGGUUUCUCGAGGAGCAGGAAGCAAACCAGUCACCCCAAGCAGCCAAGGCAGGCCAGACCAGACCCAAGCAGAUUGUCUCAGCAGCUGGCCACCUUGACAGAGACCAUACCAGCCCUGUCUUCAUCCCUUGCGGCUAUGCAGCGCCGGCAGGUGGGGCCCCGCCCAAAGUUCGCAUACCUCAGCCUUCCAAGCAACCAGAGCAGAUGCCAGAGGACGAGCCGACAGCCCCUCUAGAGGAACUGGACUUGCCUCUGGAGGGGGAUGCCCAACAAGCUUCAGUUGCGCAGGUGUUGUUGAAGCAGCAGAUGGCCUUGAAUACCCUGGUGUCCCACAUAGCCAGCCAAGAUGGACUCCGCGACUUGGGAGGGUCCGGAUCAGCAUCUUCGACCAUCUUCCUGAAAGUAUCUGCUCGCCGAGAUCGCCUUCUUGCCGAUCUUGCAGCCAGGAAGAGCGAGUUUUUCUUGAAGGUGGUUCAGAACGCUCAUCGCCGACUGAGACUGGCGGAGAUGGUCCCAUCAACUUUGGCGGACUUUCCCCAAAAAGUUCUGUUCACCAAGUACCUGGAGAGGCAAGGCCAUGUUGCGGAUCAGCUGCUGUUGGAGGAUGUCAAAGGUGCCCGGGAGAUGCUUGCUCUUGCGAUGGUGGCCAUAGAACAGAGCGCUAUGGACAAUGGCAAAUGGGAAGUUGCCUGGAUUCUUUCUUUGCAAGAGGAUCCGCCGCAGCAGCUUUUCGCUCACAGGCCUCCACAGAUUGGCAAUGUGAAAGAGCUGGACUUGCUCAGCACCCGCCGUGCCGAAGCCCUACCAAAGAGACAAGGAGGAGGAAAGCCAGAAGAAGAGCAGGGCGAUCCCGCCAAAAGACCCAAGCAGCCCAGGUACCCCAAGAAGCCAAAAGCUCAGGGAGGCCAGAGCCAAGCAGAAAGCACAUGA